AUGACGAAAAUUGGAAUUAUUGGACUAGGUGAUAUGGGUCUUCUUUAUGCAAGAAGAUUCAGUGAAGCCGGGUGGUCAGUAAUUGGAUGUGAUCGUGAAGAGAAUUAUGAACCACUACUAGACAAAUAUCAAAAUGAAAAAUUCGAGAUCAGAAAAAAUGGUCAUUUGGUAUCAAGAGAAGCAGACUAUAUAAUUUACAGUGUUGAAGCUGAAAAUAUAGAUAGAAUUGUUUCCAUCUACGGUCCAUCCACUAAGUAUGGUGCAAUAGUUGGUGGUCAAACAUCUUGUAAAGCUCCAGAAAUUGCUGCUUUUGAAAAAUAUUUACCAGAAGAUACGGAAAUAGUAUCUAUACAUUCAUUACAUGGACCGAAAGUCAAUACGACAGGUCAACCCUUGGUUCUAAUACCGCAUAGAUCAUCCGAAAAGUCAUUAGAGCUAGUCAAAGGUAUAGUAGCAUGCUUGAAAUCAAAAAUGGUCAUCUUAACAGCUAAAGAGCAUGAUAGAAUAACAGCGGAUACACAAGCAGUGACCCACGCUGCAUUUUUAUCAAUGGGAGUGGCAUGGAAAUCAAUGUUUCAAUAUCCUUGGGAAACUCCAAAAUGGAUUGGAGGUAUUGAAAAUGCUAAAAUAAAUAUAUCAUUACGAAUAUUUUCAAAUAAAUGGCAUGUAUAUGCAGGAUUAGCUAUAACAAAUCCUUCAGCUCAUGAGCAAGUAUUACAAUAUUCAAAAUCCACGACAGAAAUAUUUACGUUAAUGAUUCAGGGAAAAAAGCAAGAAUUGAAUGAUCGAAUGCAAAAAGUUAAAAGAUUUGUCUUCAAGCAUAUAAAUAAUCAUAAUUUACUAUUAGAUGAUAACAUCUUGGAGAAAUUUUCAUUGAGUAAAACACCACCAGAAGGAAAACAGCCCAAUUCACAUUUAUCGCUUUUGGCUAUAGCUGAUAGUUGGUAUAAUCUUGGAAUAGUACCAUAUGAUCACAUAAUAUGUUCCACUCCAUUAUUCAGAAUCUUUUUAGGAGUGACUGAAUACGUAUUUUGUACUACUGGUUUAUUGGAGGAAAGUAUAAAUGUUGCUGCAACAGACACAAGUUUUAGACAAGAUGACUUACAUUUUACGUUAGCUGCUGAAUCAUGGGCUAAAAUUAUAAAAUUUGGAAAUUUUAAUUUAUAUAAAGAUGAAUUUGAAAAGACUCAAGCUUUUUUUCAACCGAUGUUUCAAGAAGCUAAUGCUAUAGGUAAUGAAAUGAUAAAAACAAUAUUAGAAAGAGUAAAAGAAAGGGAAAAUAAUAAUACUUAA